UUGAAUCAUUUUUUUUUCCGGGGAAAAAGCGUGUUUUAUUCAGGUUCAUUAUGCUCAAAAGGAAAUCAAGCAGCUCGGAUAAGAAGAGGAAACACUCGCAGUGUGAGGAGCGACGUGACAGCGGUAAACGCAGGAGCACGGAGGGGAGCACCGAGGAGCCAAAAGAUGAGCUGGCUGACCCUGAGCUGGACCGAAUUGGUAGCGACACUGAGGAAGGCGGACUGGACCUCAGCCAGCCCUUCCAGCCCAUCACGGCUUACAUCAGUAACAAGCAGGAGAUGCUCAAGCAGUGUUUUCACGUGCUGGGGGAGAAGAAGCUGCGGAAAAUGUUACCUGACGAAUUCAAGGUCUGUAGUUUAGAAGACAUCAAAACACUGUGUUGGGAACAACUGGAGCCGAUUUCAGAGAAACAUCUUCUUCAGAUCUUAGCAGGGGAAGAACUGACAGCUGGAGGUUGUGGCGAAAACUGUGAAGAGACGCCAGAAAGCCAGCAAGACAACAAUGUAGACUCGACAUCGUGCCUGAAGGAAACGGGAAAAACCGAGGACUCUAAGCAAGAGGGCGGCGGCUCUGGCGAGGAGAGCGAUGUCCUCAGCAUAAACGCAGACACUUACGAUAGUGACAUAGAGGGGCCCAAAGAGGAGCAGACUGUUAAAUCUGCCGAUGUGGCAGCGAAAGCCGGGGACGAUGGGAAGCAACGCCGCGAGCCGGCUGGAAACCCUGACCCAGCAAAUCCACAGCCAAAGAAAGACAUUCAGAGUGACAUCGACAAAAGCGUCAGUGAGAUUCUGGCUCUGCCUUCGACUUCCGGCGGAGACGUCGCGAAAGAAAUGAGCGCACCGCUGCAGUCGGUGGACCUCGGCUUACCUGUUCAAGGCGCGCCUGCUUCAAGUGGAGUCUGUCCGCCGUCGAUUCAGCAGCUGGAGCUCCUGGAGCUGGAAAUGAGGGCCAGGGCGAUCAAGGCUCUCAUGAAAGCAAGUGAUGGGAAAAAGCACGGCCCACCGAAGAAUGGCUAGAGUGUUUUCUUUUUAAUUUAUAUUGUAUGUGAAUGGUUUCUCCAGGUCAGAUUAAUAUGAAGAACUUUUUUCAUCCACAAGAACCUGUCCAUCUCUUCAUCUUAAUUAUUUUUUGAUGAGUCAAAUAAUUGAAACUGGUAUUUUUACUCCAUGUUGGAAGGA